AUGGGCGGUGGCAUGUCGGCCGUUCUUGCCUUGGUCAAGGGGCUGUUCGAGCACGGCCUCAUCCAGGUGCCAACAACAAAAUCAGGCAGGUUUCAUAGGACGCAGCUGAUCAAUUUGUCCCGGCAUGGUAUCAGAGCAGCAUAUAAUCCCGAAGACUACAGCUCGCUUCCUUCCCUCAGCGCAGCGUUCCAGCAGCUCCAACAUAAAGGGGGAGAAAGCAUUAUUACGGGGCCUAUUCGCGAUAUCUUUCUUAGCCAUGGUGCUCAGGAUGCGUAUGGCAUUGCCCUGUUGCACAAGCAUUUUGACAUCCGGCCAACAGAUCGUCUUGUGGAUAUCCAGAAUGUAUCAUCCCCUUGGGAGACAGGUGGCGAUAUCGAACCUGUCUUAAAGAAAUAUCAUGGUGUUAUAAUGCCCCGGUCACUGAGAUUCUCCAAUGGGAUGUUGAAGCCUUAUGAAUUCGACUUCGUGGAGGAGGAAAGAUCAAUGAAUAUGGACGAAAACUUCCUGGAAAAGCUACUACAGUUCCUCCAACAUAGUGAACUAGAUCAAGUCUUGGGUCUAAGGGUACUGGAUUCGCGCGACCCAGGCGCAUCCAUUGAAGUUACAGAACGCAACUCAAACAUAAUGAUACCUCUAGGGGCUAUCGACGAGGCAAAUGUUAUCCCUGCAAUGUGGGAUUUUGGCCCGGAGGAGGAUCAGAGAUGCCAUUGCAGCGAAUAUUGCUAUACGGAUAACAAAGGCAAGCACUCUGGCCAAGGUAACCAUGGAUGUGGCUAA